CCGCCUCCGCGCUGUGGAGCAGCGAGCUUCCGUACCGUUGCUAACUCCCGGCAGGGACGUAAACAAACACACAAGUAACUACCAGCUAGCAAUAUGUUAUCGCGGUCCCCGUGUAUUUACCGGACUCUUGGCCGUUCUCUGUCAGCGGCGAGCCAGACCUAUAAUGCACUGAUCCGGCAAAGUCUGUCAGUCGACAGCCAACUUGUUUACCAGAAAUCUCAUUUAUGUGAAUUUCUGUCAUCUUCAAAUGUGCAUCACAUCAAAUACUUCAAAACAUCUGCUGUUCACAGGGAUGAAGUGGUUACAGUCAAAACUCCUGCAUUCGCAGAGUCCGUUACAGAGGGAGAUGUUAGGUGGGAGAAAGCUGUGGGUGACUUGGUCACUGAAGAUGAAGUCGUGUGUGAAAUCGAGACUGACAAGACAUCCGUGCAAGUCCCCGCUCCAGCAGCUGGUGUAAUUGAGGAACUGCUGGUGCCUGAUGGAGGGAAAGUAGAAGGGGGGACGCCCCUUUUCAAACUACGGAAAGGAGCUGCCAAAGCUGCUCCUUCUCCAGCUGCAGAUGCACCUCCACCACCAUCACCACCUUCUCAGGCUGCAGCCUCUGCUGCCACACCUCCAGUGCCAUCACAGGCUGCCCACGCCACGCAUGUUGCAGCUGUCAAACCCACUCCUGCAGCUCCAGCACCAGCUGCUCCUACAGUCGGAGUCAGAGGAGAAAACAGGGUGAAGAUGAACCGUAUGAGGUUGAGAAUUGCUCAAAGACUGAAGGAGGCUCAGAACACCUGUGCCAUGCUGACCACCUUCAACGAGGUGGACAUGAGUAACAUUCAGGAAAUGCGGAAAAUCCACAAGGAUGCUUUUUUAAAGAAGCACAACAUCAAACUGGGUUUUAUGUCAGCUUUUGUUAAGGCUGCUGCACACGCUCUGACCGACCAACCUGCCGUCAAUGCCGUUAUUGAUGACACAACCAAAGAAAUCAUCUACAGAGACUUUGUAGACAUUAGCGUUGCUGUGGCAACUCCAAAGGGACUUGUUGUACCAGUGAUACGUAAUGUUGAGACCAUGAAUUUUGCUGACAUAGAGAAAUCCAUUAAUGCCCUGGGAGAGAAGGCUCGUAAAAAUGAGCUCGCUGUUGAAGAUAUGGAUGGAGGAACAUUCACCAUCAGCAACGGUGGCGUGUUUGGGUCCUUGUUUGGCACGCCGAUCAUUAACCCCCCACAGUCGGCCAUUCUGGGCAUGCACGGCAUCUUUGACAGACCUGUGGCCAUCAAUGGCAAGGUUGAGGUCCGGCCCAUGAUGUAUGUGGCGCUGACGUACGACCACAGGCUCAUUGACGGCAGAGAAGCAGUCACUUUCUUACGUAAGAUCAAAGCCGUGGUGGAAGAUCCACGGGUGCUGCUUCUGGACAUGUGAUGUUAAUGCCAAAUGUCACUUUAUUUAAAGAUAUCCAGCUGCAUAAACUGAACUCCACAAAACAGUAAACGCACAACAUGGCCUAUAAAACUAUAGUUUUAAGUGAACUGAAGGGGAUGUUGGGUUUACAAACAUGCAUGGCAUGUUAAUGCACGCUACCCUGAAGGGAAUCAUCAGAAGUACCUGUGGGCCUCAACAUGGUCAAAGUGAAAAGAUUGCUUACCAUCUUUUAUCAGCAUUUGUUUUGCCAGAUUGCAACAUACCACAUACAACAGAUAUUUUAGUCACGUUUGCAGACGAAAGCUCAAGCUGUGUUAUAUGUUGCUUUACAGGGGUGUUAUUAAAUCCAUGUGCGCCACUGAUGGACAAGCAGUACAUAUAAACAUGUAUUUUUGUCAAAGUUGUGUAAUUUUAAACAAAAAUGGCUUUUUCAAACAGCUGUUGGUUGCAUGACUUUCUUGGCUGCUUGUAAAUGGAUGCUUCUGAGCAACUUUCCUCAACAGGGCUAAACAAAUGUAAUUCAGAUUUGCAACAUGUCUUUGAUGAGCUGCUUGACAUUGUACCUUUAUACCUAGCAAGAGUCUGAAAGAAGGAAUUGGCAACAGAGAAACAAGGUUUGUGAGGAAUGUGUGUAUACCAGUGCCAUGCCUUUAAUUCCAGGGCUACUGUCUGAUGUGACUAAGUUGAGUUAUUUUACUUCUCAGCCUGGCACAGUCAUCCAUGCUCUGAAUGGUUUUGAUUAAGUUUGAAACCUCCCUCCCUGCUGUUAAGGCUACAGAUUUGAAUCAAACUGUCAUCACAUUUUAGUACAACAGACCACACACUGUUUUUAAUCAUACAUACAGUUUACUUUGAGGACAGUUUUGUUAGAGAAAUGUUCAAAACGUAUUUACAACCAGGUUUUUAUGUUCAGCUCUGCUGUUGGAGCAGAUUUUCAGCAUGAUAACAUAUAUAUAAAAUACUUAAUGUAUUUAAGGAAAAAAAUAAACAUCUUAAGAGUUUUAUUUAUGGAAACUUCCCAAACUUGUGCAAAGUUUCUGCAUUUUCACAAGUCUGAGUGAUUGUUUGGUUAACUCAUGUCAAUUUUCUGGUUCCUGCUCUAGUUAAUCUUUAAGGUUGUUGGGUUUGUAGUGUAAAAUGAGAUGUUUGGCUGCAUGAACUGGGAUCCAUCGCAGUUUUAAAUAACGAAGAUAUUAUUUACAGGCUUGCAAGAUAAACUGCAGAUUCAUAAUCAGUGGACAGUCUUGGCCUUUUCUGAAGAAUACUUGAAAGUAUAAUGGCGGCAAAAGAAAGCACAAAUCUGAGACGACUGUAUCAAUGAUCGAUCUUUGCUGAAACAUUUUAUCUUGUGCCAAGUCUAUUUGGCUAGAGUUCUCUGCUGCAGAUGAGUUGUGUGCCAGCGAUGGAUCUUCAAAGCCUCAUCAGCCUGCCUACCGCUCAGCUCUUGAGAAGCUUCAAAUAAUGGGAUUAUCUCUGACAAAGUCUUAAGGGUUGCUUGGGCCUUUCUCCCUCUUCACAAACACAGGCUCAAGUGUGUGCAGCUGUGUAUGAUACCUCUUCAGUAUUUCUGUUUACUUUAAUAAUCACAGGGGGACAAUGGCUCUUAAUGUACGUCUUUGUUUCUCUGCCAGAACCUACACAAAUGUCUGAACAACACUGUUUGGAGGAAAAACACAGAAUUCAUUAUGAGAACACAAAAAACCCAAACAUUAAAUUACCAUGAGAAUACUGGAGGUUCUAAUGGGCCUGAACACUGCGAACAAUGAUACAAGGGCUCCUUUAAUUUAAUUAUUUACUUUUAUGACCGCUCAAGAUUCCAUUAGCGCUUUCGAGAUCAUGUUAAUUGGCAGCGUAUGCCAGUGGGUGCAUAGAUAUCUGAAGGGUUUGUUGGCAGGUUUUUUGUUUCGUCUUCAAAAUUUGGCCAAAUCUGUGAAUUUCCAAUUGGACUGCUCAAUAAGAUGUGGGUUUCAAGUCUUUGUGUCCAUUCAGAUGAAAGAUGGCCCAUUAGAAAUUGGCAGCAAGCUGUUUGUUUUCAUUAAGCCACAUCAGAGAGAUAAUUUACCUAAAUUAUUCUGUUUUGCUUCUCUUUUAAAUCAGCUAAUUGUUUAAAUGCAUCCUAUAAAGAACUGGAUUUUAGUCCAAUUGAAAGUGUGCUUUGAAUUGAAGAUUUUACAUCCAAAGAGCUUGUGUAACGUUGUUGAUAUAAUAGUGAGUUACCUUCAUAUCUACCACACUGUGCCAUCGGGGAGAUAUCUGAUUGGUCCAGUUCUUUCCAUGAAGUGACCAAAAAAAAAAAAAAAAAAAAAACUCAAGUCCUGUAACUGAUGGUUUGUCUUUAU